AAUUAUGGUGUAAAUUUACUCCAUCUUUGACGUUUAUGAAAAUCUAGUUUUAGAUUUGAAAGAUUUACAUAACGGAUCAUUAAACCGUGUAUUAAAAUACUGUAUUGCAUAGUGGAUUGGGUGUGAAUAGAAUAGACGAUCUUUGGGCACGAGGACGUGGCGUCACUUAAUGCGUUAGCUCGUUAGCUUGCAGCUAGCUUCUCUACUGCCUGAGGAACCAACAGUUUAGUCCCCGCCAACGUCAAGUAGCAACGGGCUUGAUUUCGCCUGGAGCCUGUUUAACUGAGACACACACGCUAGCGGUGGCCAACAUGAUCACACUCACAGACUCGCAAAAAAUCGGAAUGGGACUGACGGGGUUUGGCGUGUUUUUCCUCAUUUUUGGAAUGAUGCUCUUUUUUGACAAAGCUCUUUUGGCCAUUGGAAAUAUUCUCUUUGUCUCGGGUUUGUCUUUUGUCAUCGGCCUGGAGCGAACAUUUCGAUUCUUCUUCCAGAGACACAAAGCCAAAGCCACCAGCUUCUUCCUGGGAGGAGUGUUUGCUGUUCUGAUUGGCUGGCCUAUCAUUGGCGUUCUUCUUGAGAUCUACGGCUUCUUCCUUUUAUUUAGGGGAUUCUUCCCAGUGGCUGUGGGUUUUAUCAGACGAAUCCCGGUGCUCGGCUCUCUGCUCAGUUUACCAGGGAUCAGGACUCUGGUGGAUAAAAUUGGUGAGAGCAACAACAUGGUAUAACAUCAGUAAAUGUAUUUUUUUGUAACUAUUUAUCUUGUUCUUUGCCAAUCUGUGACUGAUCCCGCACUUCUUAAAACAUUCCUAUAUAUAUAUUUUUAAAUAUACCUCAUUGCCCAUGGAUCUUGUCUUGUAUCCUGUCUGUUAUUUGUGGACUGAACCUAACCAGGACACCUGGACUGAUCAAUACAAGAUUCUGGAGGUGUCGCUGGAAUCUUGGGCUGUAAAAAGACUGUCCCUGGCCCCUAAAAAACAUGGCUCUCUCUUUCUCCAAAACUUGGGGCUUUGUUUUCUUCAUACUGCAAUUUCUCAUGGAUAGUAUGCAUUUUAAAGAUCCUAAAAAAUUUAGGGCGUGUCCUGCAUAUUGUACAUAACUACUUGCAAAAUUCAUAACAUUUUUGAAAAUGGGAUACAUUGCAUAUUUGCUUUUUGGGAACUACAGAUUCAUUUAUUUACAGAUUUUAUUUAAAUUGUUUUUCAAUUUUUUUCAUCUUAAACAUUUUAUGUAACCCUAAUUCUCAGUGGUAGUAUAUCAGCGUUUAUUCAGAAAGUUGCACUCUCGAUGUUUAAAGUUACAAAUUUAGAUAUACAUAAUACCCGGGUACUAUUCGGCCAUUUGUUUUUCCUUCUAAUUUUGGAAAACGCAAAACGAGUCUAAUUCCAUUUUUUGUUUUUAUGUGUAUUGACAAAAUACGACAAAUGAAUCGUCUCCUGUUUCCCGAUUAAAAACUGAUAAUUCAGUAACGGAAAAAUUGAAAAAGAAAAAAAAAAAAAAGGAUUACGGCUGAUUUUUUGUUAUUGAAAUACCAGUUUUUAAUCGGGAAACCGGAGACGAUUAACUUGUCAUUUUUUGUUAACACACAUAAAAACAAAAAAUGAAAUUGGGCUCGUUUUCCGUUUUUUGUUUUCCCAAAAUUAAAAAGAAAAAUGAGUGGCGGAAAGGUACACCGACGUACCGGGACAAACAUCACCAUUUUUCUCUCGCAUCUCUGUAAACAUUCGCGAACACCCAGGACAUGAAUCGAGUGUGUUCGCCUGCAACUGUUGGCUAGGUAAGGGAAAUUUCGUAACAGAAAAAAAUAACUGCCUGAACACAGGAAAUCCCAAUCUAUCAAUUGACUAUAUGUUAUAUGUGAUUACAAAAGAAAGCAAGCUUUUAAAAAGUGAUUUGGUUGGUUUUGGUUUGCGUAUAUAUUAGGGGUGUAAAACGAUUAAAAUUUUUAAUCGAGUUAAUUACAGCUUAAAAAUUAAUUAAUCAUAAUCAAUCGCAAUUAAUCACAAUUCAAGCCAUCUAUAAAAUAUGCCAUAUUUUUCUGUAAAUUAUUGUUGGAAUGGAAAGAUAAGAUACAAGAUGGAUAUAUACAUUCAACAUACGGUACAUAAGUACUGUAUUUCUUAAUUAUAACAAUAAAUCAACAAGAUGGCAUUACCAUUAUUAACAUUCUGUUGAAGCGAUCCAUGGAUAGAAAGACUUGUAGUUCUUAAAAGAUAAAUGUUAGUACAAGUUAUAGAAAUUUUAUAUUAAAACCCCUCUUCAUGUUUUCGUUUUAAUAAAAUUUGUAAAAUUUUCAAUCAAAAAAUAAACUAGUAGCCCGCCAUUGUUGAUGUUAAUAAUUACUUACACAAUGCUCAUGGGUGCUAAAGCCUAUAAAAUCAGUCGCACCCAAGCGCCAGCAGAGGGCGCCAAAACUCCGAAAAACACAACAAGUACACAUUUCACUGUGCUGUCAUUUUAAUUUGUUUGAGCGGGGCAUUUGUGCGUUAAUUGCGUCAAAUAUUUUAACGUGAUUAAUUAAAAAAAAAAAUUACCGCCCGUUAACACGAUCAUUUUGACAGCCUUAGUAUAUAUACAAAUGCACAUUGUAACAUGAGAAAUUAGUGUACCAAUAUUUUUUCCCCUAUUGGACAGCUAGCAAAAUGUUACACUGCAGUUGAAACACUGUACAAGUUUGCAGAUUGGUGGCAUGUGAUACCAUGAUGGUGAUGAUGAUUGUGUUACUCUCCUUUUUCAAGUGCAGGCUUAACAUAAAGUUUGCCACCUUUUUUUUUUUUUUUUUAGGUCUGGCAGUCUAUUUAUUUGGUUGUAUGUUAAAUUAUCUAAUUGCUUUCUAUUGGUUUGAGUUUUUUGUGAAUUCAGAAGUAACUUUUCAUGUCUACUGGUAAUCCUGUUUACCCUAACCCUACCUGCCAUCAUUUGAAUGGCAAGUGGUAGGUGUGCAAGGAGAGAACCUUGCUCUCCCAGAAGAACAUGAAGGCCGGAAUGAUAUUUGCCAGAGUGAAUUAAGACAAAGACCAGGACUUGUGGAAUAAUGUUGUUUGGACAGAUGAAUCUAAAAUUGAAUUAUUUGGACACCAGAACAGAGGACAUGUUUAACGUAAACCCAAUACAGCAUUCCAGGAAAGGAACCUCAUACCAACUGUGAAGCAUGGAGGUGGAAGUGUCAUGGUUUGGGGAUGCUUUGCUACAGCAGUACCUGGCCAGCUCACCAUCAUAGAAUCCACCAUGAAUUCUAUCGUGUAUCAGAGGGUGCAUAAGAAACGUGAGAUCAUCUGUAAAAAACAAUUAAAGCUGAAGCGAAACUAGACCGUACAACAUGACAAUGACCCCAAAAAAUACCUGUAAAUCCAUGAAGGACUGGCUGAAAAGAAAGAAAGUCCUGGAAUGGCUGAGUCAAAGCCAAGAUCUUUAUCCCAUUAAGAUGCAGUAGGGUGACUUGAAACUGGCUGUACAUGCAAGAAACCCUUCAAACAGCUCACAGCUGAAAGUAUUUUGUGUUGAGGGAUGGGGCAAACUUUCCUCUGACCAAUGUCAAAGACUGGUAGAUGUCUACAAAAAGUGUCUCACUGAAGUUAAGGGGGCAAAAAGGGGUAACACUAACUAUUAGGUGGUAGGUUGUCCUUUUCCCUCAGAAUAUGCAUUUUUGUUGAUACAUUUGGUUUAAUGAGUAAAACGAUAUGAAUUUUUGUUGUUUGCCUGCUAUUAAAUCACUUUCUUUUCCAGAGAUAAAGAAAAACAAGAUAGGACAUUAAUAUGUGAACAUUUCUUAAUAAAGAACUGAAUAUUUAAUAGGGUGUCCUAAUUUGACUGUAAAAGACAGUUGCUCAGUAUGCAAAUUGUGAAUUCCUCAGACCUCUAAUAAUUCAUAAAAUAACAUUCAAAUUUCAAACCCAAUCUAUGACAUCUUAUGGGCAACACCAUUUUAGGAUGUUAGUUGGACCCACGCACAUACAGUGUGGCAAAUAAGUAUUUAGUCAACCACCAAUUGUGCAACAUCUCCUACUUGAAAAUAUUAGAGAGGCCUGUAAUUGUCAACAUGGGUAAACCUCAACCAUGAGAGACAGAAUGUGAAAAAAACCCCAGAAAAAUCACAUUGUUAGAUUUUUAAAGAAUUUAUUACCAAAUUAGAAUGGAAAAUAAGUAUUUGGUCACCUACAAACAAGCAAGAUUUCUGGACACCUGUCCACAACCUCAGUCAGUCACACUCCAAACUCCACUAUGGCCAAGACCGAAGAGCUGUCGAAGGACACCGGAGACAAAAUUGUAGACCUGCACCAGGCUGGGAAGACUGAAUUUGCAAUAGGUAAAACACUUGGUGUAAAGAAAUCAACUCUGGGAGCAAUUAUUAGAAAAUGGAAGACAUACAAGACCACUGAUAAUCUCCCUCGAUCAUGGGGCUCCAUGCAAGAUCUCACCCCGUGGCGUCAAAAUGAUAACAAGAACGGUGAGCAAAAAUCCCAGAACCACACAGGGGGACCUAGUGAAUGACCUACAGAGAGCUGGGACCACAGUAACAAAGGCUACUGUCAGUAACACAAUGCGCCGCCAGGGAUUCAAAUCCUGCACUGCCAGACGUGUCCCCCUGCUGAAGAAAGUACUCGUCCAGGCCCGUCUGCGGUUCGCUAGAGAGCAUUUGGAUGAUCCAGAAGACGACUGGGUGAAUGUGUUAUGGUCAGAUGAAACCAAAAUAGAACUUUUUGGUAAAAACACAGGUUCUCGUGUUUGGAGGAGAAAGAAUACUGAAUUGCAUCCGUAGAACACCUUACCCAGUGUGAAGCAUGGGGGUGGAAACAUCAUGCUUUGGGGCUGUUUUUUCUGCAAAGGGACCUGGACGACUGAUCUGUGUAAAGGAAAGCAUGGGGGGCCAUGUAUUGAGAGAUUUUGAUUGAAAAUCUCCUUCGAUCCGUAAGGGCAUUGAAGAUGAGACGUGGCUGGGUCUUUCAGCAUGACAAUGAUCCCAAACACACAGCCAGGGCAACAAAGGAGUUGCUUCGUAAGAAGCAUUUCAAGGUCCUGGAGUGGCCUAGCCCGUCGCCAGAUCUCAAUCCCAUAGAAAAUCUGUGGAGGGAGUUGUUGCCCAACGACAGCCCCAAAACAUCACUGCUCUAGAGGAGAUCUGCAUGGAGGAAUGGGCCAAAAUACCAGCAACAGUGUGUGAAAAGCUUGUGAAGAGUUACAGAAAACGUUUGACCUCCGUUAUUGCCAACAAAGGGUACAUUACAAAGUAUUGAGAUGAACUUUUGGUAUUGACCAACUACUUAUUUUCCACCAUGAUUUGCAAAUAAAUUCCUCAAAAAUCAAGCAAUGUGAUGUUCUGUUUUUUUUUUUUCCACAUUCUGUCCCUCAUGGUUGAGGUUUACUUAUGUUGACAAUUACAGGCCUCUCUAAUAUUUUCAAGUAGGAGAACUUGCACAAUUAGUGGUUGACUAAAUACUUAUUUGCCCCUCUGUACACACUAAAAAACUCUAGCACAGGUUUAUGUGGUAAUGGCCAUUAAACAUUCGAGAAUCAAAAGAUUCAUUUCGCUGUGUUCGACCUGAUAGAGGUGGUGUCUUUCUUUUUAAAAUGCUGAUUAACAGCAAAUAAAGUUCAGCUCUUGUAGAAUGUAAAAUGUGAUCAAGAAAACAAUUUCCAGAAUUUUUAUUUCAAAACAUCAAUCGAUCCAUAUUUCUGUCACAUUUUUCAUGACAAAUCACACAGUAUUUUACGUUCAACAAAGGGUUAAUUUACCUUCUAAAGAAUACUCAAAUAUUAUUAAUGAUCCAGCUUUUUUCAUCACUUGAAUCAAUAACACAUUGAUUCACUUCCAGAAAAAUGGCUGGCAUGCUUUUAUAAGAGAGAAAAAAGUCCACAUUCAAAUUGAAAAUGUGUUUUUCUCAUAUGUUAGCUCCUGAAAGAUAAAUCUUUCUCUUUCUCUGGGAUUGAAUUCAUUUGGGCUCCUUUGAGCCCAGCAAUGUUGUGGAUGAUGUCACUGGUCCAUUUAGGUGUCUAUCUCUUGCUUAUGUGUUGACUCACAAGAAGCAAGGUGCACUUUAAUGAACUACUAAAGGAGAGGAAAUGUUUAUUCCAAGAACAGAAAUAUCAUGGACGUCAUCACGGAAAUUGUUGUUUACUUCAUUUCUAAUUUACAGGAACAGAAACAGAUGGAGACAAACACAACUUUGAAUACAUCUCCCUCUUUAAAUGCUAUUUUUUAAAGGUACGGUAACUAAGUAUUUGUACUUGGUUACUUCACACCAUCACAUCAAGCUGUGACCUCCUCACAGACCUCACGAGCGCGUGUGAGUAAUGAGGUACGUCAGCUUUCGCAGCUUCUGUCAAACAUGUCAGCGACUGUCCCGAUGUGACGUGUGCUCCUUAACUUGUUUGUGAAACACUCGUUGGCCGCAUUUCAUUUUUUUCAAGAGCAGCAAGCAAGAAGGUGCACAGGAGAGUUCAAGUAGAUCAUUACACACUGGUAAGAUUAUUUUAAUUAUAUCAUUAUAGUUGUCAAUAUUGCUGUUACUUUUCAUGUUUUUUUUCCUACAAGCAAUUGCUUGCAUAAUGUAAGGUAAUACUGAAGAAUUUAAAACAAUUUCUUGAUUCUUGUUUGAAUGUAAAUUUCAUAUGAAUAAGUAUUUUAAGUAUUCGGUAAUUUUUUCCCUCUCUGAAAAUGAUUUAGAAGCAUCUUUAUGAGUUAAAAGAUCAUGGAAAGGUGGUUUUAUUCUCCUGUAUUAUCUUCACCUCAGCUCCUGAAAAUAUUUGCAUAUAUGCUUAAUCAAAUCUUGGAAACAAAAUGAAUAUAAACUACAUGAUGAUCAAACAUUCUGUUUAGUACUUCAAUUGAAAUUUUACUCAUAAUAAAUGUUUACAUAUAUACCAUAAGCGUCUACAUUUAUACAUGAGUAAAAUACAGUAUUUCAAGCACCCCCUAUUAUUUUGAUGAUUACAGCUUCAAUUGAACAAAAUACAAAUUCACUAUCUCAAAAGAUUCAAAUAUUGCAUACAAACUUCUAAAAUUAUGGAUUUUUCCAUCUAAAAUUAGGUUGAAAUUCUCAUUAAAAUUUUUCUAAAUUUGACACAAACUAAUUAGCUAUUUUUGAAGCAAAAAAAUAAAAAAUGAAAUAAAAAAUAAAAUAAAACCCCCACAAAUUUUCUAUCUACUGUAACUAUCAGAUAAAUCCAUCAUUUGUAAAUUACGUGGAUAAACAUGUUCUCCUAUUUACUUUUUCUGGUGCUUCUGUCACUUUCCAAACAUAUUAUUUGUAUUUCAGCAAGAUGUCUUUAAUAGCUGUGUUACUGGUAGUGACGUUGGCGACUCAGUGCUGUGGUGCACCGCAGGUAAGAGGAAAUACCGUAAACAACAUUGACACCAUUAUUGACAUUCAUUAAAUGUGUACUUUUCUUGUUUUCAGCGACGGAACUGGACACCUCAAGCCAUUUUAUACCUCAGAGGCAAACGUGAGAAAAAAACAAGUGAUACUUUUGACAUUCAAUGGAAAAUGGAGGAUACAGUAUCAGGAUAUCUUUAUCAGUAUUCCAAAUAAGAAAAAUUGAAAAUCUUCUUUGAUUUUUUUCCGUCGUCCAGUUAUAAGCGCCACCAUAAAAAAAUGCUAUUACUACUACUAUUAUUCUAAAAAAGAAAACUAAAAUGGCACCUUAUGUUUUUGAGUUGGGAUUUACAGUAUAUAGGAGCGCUGUGGCAGACAACUA